AUGAGCCCACCUAGCCUAUCAGCGGCGGGCGACCUCGACGUCCACGGUGACAUGGCAUCAACGCGUCCACCACCGUCAUCAACGUCGUACCAUACCAACGACGUCGCCUCCACUACCUCCGUCACGCUCACUGAAGAGCAAUUCGACGAGCUGAUCAGGAACCAGCGCCCCGCACGGGACGACGACGCAUUCUCCAUGCGUCAGCGCCUACCCCCAGCCAACCCUCCGGUCUUCCCCGACGACUCGAAACUUACGGAGGACAAUUACGUUGACUGGGUCCCCACGAUGCCGCCAUGCCCGCCCUCUUGGGCUGGAUUCAACGCUCGGACGAAUCGAGCGACGGUCCCCGUUGCGAAGGCGGUCGUACCGACCAAACGCUCUGCACCAGGCAAGAAGGGAAAAUGGGAUCGUUCUGGUCCUGCCCCGAGCAACUGCCCAGCUUGUGGUCAAGGCAAACACUGGCUCGACAAGUGUCCGGAAUCGCGCAAGCGAGCCAAGUACCUCGAGCUCAAGAACGCCAUGAAGGAACUCCAAGGCUCAUCAUCGCCUGCGUCCACGUUCGUGGCCACCGAGGCAGCAUCCAAGGAUCAACACCUGUCCGUCGUUUCUUCUGCUACGUUUGUCAACAUCGGGCCACCGGCGGAAAUCCUUCUGCUAGACUCGGCGUCGGCGUGCCACGUCGUCAACGAUGCGUCCUUCUUUGACGGCCCCCUUUCACCUACCCCGCAAGUCCUGCAAGGUCUAGGGGGAACGGUGAAGGCCUCGGGAAUCGGCUCGGUCAAGCUCGUCUCCGAUAAUGGUACCAGGUGCACCCUCAACGACGUGAUCUACGUCCCCGAGAGCCCUGCCAACCUCAUCUCAGUCCGGGCCUUCGACCGCAAAGGCGUUCGCAUCACCUUCGAACACGGACAAGUCGAGCUCCGCACGCCGCAAGGGUGCAUCGCCACAGCAUCAGCCAUCGCGUCCUGCGUUUACAAACUCAACGCUUCGGUCCAAGCUGCCAGCAAAGAUGCGCGACACACGCUCGUUGCCACCAAGUCCAAUAGGCUACCUUUACUUACCCUUCACCGGCGCUACGGCCACGCCUCUGUCCAGACACUUAAAAAACUGGCGGCCUCUGGCCAGGUGGAGGGUUUAGAUUGGCCCUAUAGUGACUUCGAGUGUGAUGGCUUCACCUGCAACGCGUGCCUUGCCUCCAAAGCGCAUCGUUUGCCUUUCCCCUCUUCGUCGUCGCAUGCCGCGGAACCACUCGCAUUGGUGCACUCGGACGUCUUAUCUUUCCCCGAGGAAUCCUUAGGCCAUAAGCGAUACCUCGUCACGUUCAUCGACGACUUCUCGAGGAAGACUUGGGUUUACCCCAUCGGGCACAAGAGCGAGGUCCUUCAGACAUUCAAGGAUUGGCUUCUGGAGAUCGAAAACGCCACGGGUCGCAGGGUCAAAACACUUCGCUCGGACAACGGGGGCGAGUAUGUCUCUACCGCUUUCAACGGCUAUUGCGUGGCCCGCGGAAUUCAUCGCGAAUUGACCAUACCGUACACACCCGAGCAAAACGGUCGGGCUGAGCGAGCCAACCGGUCGAUCAUCGAGGGCACCCUGGCUCUACUGUCUCACUCGGGACUCCCACGAUCGUGCUGGGACGAGGCUGCCAUGUGUUACAUUCACGCCAAGAACCUCUCGCCUCACGCGGCCCUUGGUGGAGCCAUCCCAAACAGUCGUUGGUCGGGCCACACACCAAGCGUAGGGGGUCUUCGGGCAUUCGGUUGUCGCGCUUGGACCAACGUGCCGGCUCACCGACGGGACAAGCUCGACCCAAAAGGGAUUCCUCUGGUCUUCGUCGAGUACGAUCGACACGCGAAAGCCUACCGUCUUCUCGAUCCUUCCUCCAUGCGUGUGAGUCUGGGCCGCAAUGUGACGUUCGUAGAAACCGAGUUCCCCUUCGCUAUCGCGCCCACCCGAGUGACGCAGCCGUCCAUCCCGGGUUACGCCCCCCAGCCCCCACCCGUCGAAGCUCCAACACCCGUCGAGCCUCCCCCACGGCCACCGGCCCCAACGCCUGUCGAGGCACCCGCGUCGCCCGCAUCGACCAGCUCGGCCGACAACGACGACGCCUCAUCGACCACGAGCGCAACGACGGAGUCAGCCGUGAACCUGCCGCAACCACCUCCGGAUCCAGCUCCACUCGCCAAAGUCAAGCCGAGUUGGGAGUACGGCGACGUCGCCAAGCCAGUCGACGGCACCGACGGACCCACCGCCUCUUUCAAGAGCCUGCUCCUUGCCUUCGCAUCCACCAAGGCCGGCUUCGCAGAUCAUGACUUGUCGGUUGUUCGCGAUCCGGCAAAUUGGGGCGACGUCAUCCGAUCGGGACAAGAGGACGUUUGGGGCGCUCCGGCACAGGAUGAAUUCGAUUCGCUUCUGAACGAUUACGAGGUCUUUCAAAUCGUCGAAUCCUGUGAGUUCCCAGCGGGUGAGAUCCUCCUGCGGUCGGGCUGGGUGUUCCGGACUAAACGCAACCAGCAUGGCGACAUCACCGAUCACAAGGCCCGACUUAUUGCUCACGGAUGUGCCCAACGCCCUGGCCUUGACUUCGAGAAGACCUACGCCCCUGUCGUCAAAUUCACGUCCAUUCGAGCCCUCAUCGCACUCGCCGCGGCCAACGGCUAUCACGUCCAUCAGGCCGACGUCAACAAGGCGUAUUUACACGGCAAACUUGACAAGCCUCUCUACAUGCGCGUCCCUCAGGGCAUAAACCUGCCAGGCAAGAUCCUCAAGCUGUCCAAAUCCAUCUACGGCCUUCGCCAGGCCGGCACCAUUUGGAACGCUGAGAUCGACUCGACUCUGCGGUCCCUCGGAUACGUCCCCACCAGGUCUGACAUCUGUAUCUACCGCCGCGAACACGACGGGCACUCACACUAUAUUGCCUUGUACGUCGACGACUUGCUUUUGGUUGGUCCCUCUACCGCCGAAAUCGAGCGGGUGCUGGACGCGCUGGAACUCGCAUACGGCAUCAAACGUCUCGGACCUGCCGAAUAUAUUCUAGGCAUCCAAGUCAAACGUGGACAAGACGGCUCUAUCACGCUCUCACAAGAGCGCUACCUUCGGGACAUCCUUGCCAGGUUCCAAUUCACCGAUGCCAAGCCGGCAAGUAUUCCAAUGCAGCCAGGUGUCGUCCUUGACUUCGAGGACUUGGCGGCCACUCCUCAGGAUCGUACGCGCUACUUGCAGGCCAUCGGUUCGUUGAUGUACGCCGCAGUUGGAACUCGUCCGGACCUCGCCUUCGUGGUCAGCUACCUCGCUCGCUUCUCCCAGCAGCCUGGCCCGGAGCAUUGGACAGCCAUCAAGCAGGUCCUCCGUUACAUCAAAGGCACGCUGGACUUGGGCCUCACCUAUCGCAAGACCAGCCAACCACUCCGUGGCUACUCGGAUGCGAACUGGGGAGCCUGUCUAACGACCUCACGAUCGACCAUGGGCUACGCGUUCAUCUUGUCCGGAGCCGCUAUUGCUUGGUGCUCCAAACGCGAGCACAGGGUGGCCAAGUCCACUACCGACGCAGAGUACCUCUCUCUUUCGUACACAAGCGGUGAUGCCAUCCACCUGAGCGAACUCCUGGCUGAACUUGGCGCUCCGGUCUCCGGUCCAGUCGUACUCUACGGGGACAACCAAGGUUCGCUGGCUCUUGCGCAGCACCCGACCAACCAUCAGGGGUCUCGUCAUGUUCGCAUCUCGGAACAUUACGUCCGCGAGAGGGUAGCUGAGAAGGAGAUCGAGGUCCGCUACAUCGCCACCGGCGACAUGAUUGCCGAUAUUUUCACCAAAGCCUUGGGUCCCAAGCCGUUCAUGUUCCAUCGGGAGAAUUUGGGUUUGCGAGGUGCAGUGGUAUGACAGCACGGGAGGGUGUCAAUAUAUUGCUGUUUCAUCCCACUGGUAUUCCCGAUUAUGAUUAGUUACUAGUUGUUGAUAUUAGUCGCCCCGCGCGUCUCGAGCCUGCCUCGCGCGCGCUCCCUUAGCGCUUAUCUUCUUUCUCCAACUAUCUUUACUAUCUUCAUCGGCUCUCGUACUUACGCACUUCGUGCCUCGGCCUCAGUUCCUGAAAUCUUCUUCUUCUUUCUCCUUCUUUCUCUUCCCCUCCCUCUUCCUUUCCCCCCCUUUUUUUUCUUCCCCCCCCCUUCCUUUUUUCCCCUUCCUUUCUUUUUUUUUUCUCCUUUUUUUCCUUUUCCUCUCCUCCCACCCACCCCCCGACAUGGGUACGGGCCCGGAAAUACCCACGCGCAUCCAGGCGCGCUUUUGUAAAUACCAGACGAGACCUCGGGUAUUCCCCUCUGAGGGUGGAAUUCCCCGCUCUCAACGGCCCUCAGUGAGGGAUGGAAUACUUCGGUUUUGAUAGAACGAUAUCGAGAAGAAACGCUACAGAUAAAACACCUAUGGGUGUGGCGUGUAUCCAAGCUUACCGGUGUUCGAUGGGGGAGUUCUGACACUUCUAUUGGAUUUGUUCCAGGCGCAUGACUAACAGGCCAAAUCGGCGGCCUCCCGUGCGCCGCCAGCGCGAUGAGGCCAUCUCGGUCUGGCUGCCGUUUGGGCUCGUACGCACACACUUGGCACAUUCGCACCCCUAACCCGCGCCAUCCACCCCGCAGUCCGAUCGAGCUGCUGUCACGAAUGGAAGUUCGCCACUCCGAGUUCGGCCUCUCAGCACUUCGUCGUCCGCGUGGCUUCGGCCUUCCCCCGUCUCGGACCUCCUCUCCCCGCUUCGGCACCUGCACGGCUUUCUUCUCCUCCAACUACACACUCACUCGCCCCCGACUCUUGCAUGAUUCUCAAACAAGCUCUGUUACAUUUUUCUCAGCCUCAACACUAUUACGUGAUCCUCGUGCCUCGCCUCCUCAAGCUCGCCACCUCGUCCCCGACUCGUCAGGCACGAGGAUCACGUAUCUACCUUAG